AUGGUCGUCGAUGGCUCGAUGGAGCUCCUCCUGUCUGCUGCUCGAGAGAUUGCAAAGCAGGCGGAGAGCAAUGGUCUGGGCCUGGAUCUCAAGCUCAAGACCUGCAGGGCUGACGAGCUCCCGUCAGUGGUCGUCGCGGACCUGGCGGCGAUAGAAGGCAAGUUGAAGGAGGCCAAUGAGUCGCUUGAGUCAUUCGUUGAGACUCAUGACAAAGAGAUGAUGGAGUACCGGAAGAUCGCGUCAGGGAUCAUAGCGGAGAACUCAACGUUGGCAUUCGAGCACCUUGCAGCUGCAGAAGGUGCCCUAACAGAACUCGAGAACAAGAAACAAGAAGCGCAGGCAAUAGCUGAAGAGCUCAAGAAAGAGGAGGAAAAGCACAAGUGGCUUGAGAGGAUUCUUUCUAUAUACACGUUUUGUGAGACGUUUCAAGCUGAACUGGAGGAAGGACGAGACGAUGCCAAGUCUUUGCGUUCACUCGCCGUUGAACUUCUCGGUGUUAAGACAUAUCUUGAUGGGCUGCCAAGACUGCAAGGCAAGACACCGAAUGUAGUGAAGGUGGUGAAUCCUGUGCUGAGGGAAAUAGCCAAGAAACUCCGGGCUGUUUUGCGGGCGUACAUUGCCAACAACGUUGUUUUUGACAAGUCGGAGAUGAGGAUGUGCCAUGGAGGCUUGCCCAACGAAGCUUUACUCUCCCUGAAGAAGAAAGAACUAGUCCCGAUCCUCUUGAAAGCCGGCAGUGGCAUCUGCUUCGCUAUCGAUGCGUUGGAGAUGCUGGAUGCGUAUGAGGACGAGUCCGGAGGAAGGGUAACCAAGGUGGGAGGUGGUAGGGAGCAGUUCGAGCUCGUUCUUCAGGGUCUCGAGAACUUCUUCUCCCCGGUAUUUGAAGGCAAGGGUGCGAUCUCAGUAGAGUCAGAGAUCAUGAAGGAGUCUGGAGGGAAGGGAGAGGGUUCUGAGGAAGUCAAAGACGUCCGCUCGAAGUUUGUGGAGUCUGAAAUGGCACUGCAGUUCGCUCUGACGUUUGUCUUCGACGUCGGGUUGCUGGAUUCGAAACAAGCAUUCAAGCAAGACUGGCAAAAGCUCGCAGCCGAAAGGAUGUGGAUGCUUUUUGAAAGCAAGCUCUCUUCAAACUUGAUGUUCGGAUUUCCCGUUGAGUCUGGAAACUUCAAGAAACACUUUGAACUUGUCCAGUCUUGCAGUCGCGACUUCAUGCAGCAUGUCAAAGCAAACAAGAAAGGGAGCAUUCAAGGGUUAGAUAGCAUCGACCCUUCAGUCUUUGACAGAACAAUCUCAUCCGUCCCUGAGUUGUUCAUCAAGAAGCGUCAACUUGCACAUGUGGAGCAGACCCGCGCCAACCUCAAAAAUCGUCUCUGCCAGACGCAUGAUCUCGUUGCGAGCAUGAGAGUGCUUGGACAGCCUUGCAAGGAGGAUCUGGAGGCGUCGAAGAAGAAAGCUGAAAUUCUGAGAGAAGCUCACGAGGCCUGCAGUUCUGAGGUCACCAAGAAUCAAGAGGGCGGGGAGUAUGUUCCAGGCCUUGCACAAGCGCUGCUUCAGACCAGCAGGGACGUAGUCGAGCUUUAUCUCGCUAUAACUGAGCAACUCUUCUCGGAGAAGGUGGAGCAACUGGACAUCCUAGCAGUCGGUUUCCAUAACGAUGCCAUGUACAUCGCAAACGCCAUCGCCUUGCUACAAGUGAUCGCGACGUUGCCAUCGUGGAGGACGGUCUUGUCCAAGACUGGAAACGGCUGUCAAGUCGCCGACCUCUCUUUCUUUGAUCUGAUAUGGAAGAUACGAGCACAAGCUGCGAAAUAUCUUGAUAAGAUUGCUACAAAGCAAUUCAAGAUGAUUGAAUGCGAACUCUUUGAAACAGAGAAGCUGUUCCGAAGCCUGGAUGAUGAAGUUCUGCAACACCUGCAAACGUCCUGCGAGCGGAUCAAGCACCAGAUAUCGUCCUUGUCUCUGUCCGUACUGUGGCCAGGAUCUCCCGAUGCUCAGCCAGCUCUACCCGUCGGACUCUACAGGCGGGUCGUUGGCUGCAUCUUGAACCACUAUUACAACGCCCUCCUUCGCUUCGUCCUCUCCAUUCAAGACAUCGCGCAGGACAAGGUGCAGGAGCUGCAGGAGGUCUUGACUGCUGCGAAGGUCGAUCAUCUCCUCAAGGUCAGGAGGGCGUUUGUUCCCUCCCAGCCCAAGUUCUCGAUGCUGUUGGACCUGCUCGGGAUGACUGUGGAAGAAUUUCUCAACCUGGUGGAAUCCGAGGCCUUGACUAUGUUCAGGAACGUCGAGGUCGAGGCUCUCGUGGUCUCCUUGUUCCCGCAGAGCGAGAAGAGGCAGCAGAUCAUCAGGCUGCUGUCAUGA